UGCAGUAUUGUAUCAAUCAUAUUUCUGAAUGUAGAUAGGUAAAAUAUAUUGUGAAAAUAAAUAUACAAUAUGUAUCGCGGGUGUACGCAUUUAUAAACAUACAUCUAGCUGGAUAUAUUAGAGUCAGAGACAUGCGCAUGCGCAAGAUAUAGAUUAUACUUCCGGUGCACGUGUGAUAGAAUUACGGAAUCAAUGUCAAUGUUGAAUAUCGAAUGAAAAUGAAGCUAUUAUCAGUAGCCAAAACAUGUUCGAGUUUACGUGGUGUAGGAUGCUCCAGACUGCCAAAGGGCAACUAUAUGCAAGCAGCAUGCUAUGCAGGCGGAAGGACAUUUGGUGAAGUCAUUGAUGAUGUUACUAAAAUAAGAAACAUUGGAAUCUCUGCUCACAUUGAUUCAGGAAAGACCACACUGACAGAACGUCUCCUCUUCUAUACAGGAAAACUGGUAGAAAUGCAUGAGGUAAAAGGCAAAGAUUCUGUAGGAGCCAAGAUGGAUUUUAUGGAGCUAGAACGACAGCGUGGUAUUACGAUCCAGUCUGCUGCGACGUAUGUGAAUUGGCAAGGAAAUAACAUAAACAUUAUUGACACACCAGGCCACAUAGACUUUACAGUAGAGGUUGAACGGGCACUGCGGGUCCUCGACGGUGCAGUCCUCGUCUUGUGUGGGGUCGGUGGAGUCCAGUCCCAGACUCUCACAGUACACAGACAGAUGAAGAGAUACAACGUCCCUUGUUUGGCUUUUAUUAACAAGCUGGACAGGAUGGGGGCUAACCCUUAUAGAGUGAUUAAUCAACUCAGAUCAAAGCUUAAACACAAUGCUGCCCUGCUGCAUCUCCCCGUCGGAUUAGAAAAAGAUCACGAGGGAAUUAUUGACGUCAUAGAGAGGAAAGCUGUCUAUUUUGAUGGGCCUAUGGGUCUCAAUGUGGUAGAGGAAGAAAUUCCACAGGAUAUGAGAACACAAGCCGAAGAUACCAGACAAGAGCUGAUUGAAAUGGUAGCUGAUGCAGACGAGCCCUUAGCUGACAUGUUCCUUGAAGAGAAGACACCGACAGAAAAAGAAAUUCAUGAUGCCAUUAGAAGAGCAUGUCUGAAAAGGAAGUUUACGCCGGUUUUGCUUGGAUCUGCCCUCAAGAACAAAGGCGUACAACCCCUGUUAGACGCUGUUGUCCGCUACCUUCCCAACCCUACUGAGGUAGAGAACUACUGUAUCGACAAUAGCGAGGAAGGGAAGGAAGUCAAAGUUCUGAUGAAUCCAGCAAGGACGAAUGACAAUCCAUUUAUCGGACUGGCUUUUAAAUUAGAAGCUGGGAGGUUUGGCCAGCUGACAUACAUGAGGUGUUACCAAGGUGUACUUAACAGGGGAGAUACUCUUUACAACACAAGGACUGGCAAGAAGGUCCGGGUACCACGACUCGGUCGUAUGAACGCUGAUGAGCUGGAGGAUCUGAACUUGACAUAUGCUGGCGAUAUCUCUGCAUUGUUUGGGGUAGACUGUGCCAGUGGAGAUACAUUUGUUACCAAGGGUAACACACAUCUCUCUAUGGAAAGUAUGCAUGUUCCAGAUCCUGUAAUAUCCAUGUCUAUCAAGCCAGUAGACAAAAAGACGAGUGAAAAUUUCUCCAAAGGUAUAAGUCGGUUCACAAAGGAGGAUCCGACGUUUAGAGUGGAGUGGGACGACGAGAACAAGGAGACCAUAGCAUCCGGAAUGGGAGAGUUACACCUAGACAUCUACGCACAGAGAUUAGAACGAGAAUUUAAAGCGAAGUGCAUCUUAGGAAAACCAAGAGUGGCAUUUAUAGAAACUCUUACCAAUAAAAUAGAAUUUGAACAUUUACACAAGAAACAGACAGGGGGUCGAGGAGAAUAUGCCAAGGUCAUAGGAUCUGUAGAGCCCCUGCCUCCACAAGAAAAUACGAAGAUAAUAUUUCAAGAUGAAACUAUGGGUACAGCUAUACCAAAAAAUUACAUAGUGGCUAUAGAAAAGGGGUUCAGAGAAGCUUGUAAGAAGGGAGAACUGAGUGGCUUCAAGGCAUCUGGACUUCUGAUCAGGUUGACAGACGGUAUGGCUCACCAGGUGGAUUCCAGCGACUGGGCUUUCCAUCAGGCAGGAGAGGCAGCCAUGAAAACAGUGAUGGAAGAAGGAAUAUGGCAGCUAUUGGAACCUGUAAUGGACGUGGAGGUGAAUUUUCCUGCCGAGUUUCAGGGUGAAGUUCUUGCCAGUCUUAAUAAGCGAGACUCUAUUAUGAUGGGACAAGAUGCCAAUGAAGAAUUUGUAUCACUUUUUGCACAGACACCUCUCAAUCAAAUGUUUGGCUACAUGACAGAGCUUCGAGCUAAAACCCAGGGGCGAGAAUUCACCAUGGAAUACAGUCGGUAUUGUCCAAUGAAGCCAGAGCUAGAACAACAAUUGAUACAGGCCCAUAUACAGGAACAAGAACAACAAAAUAAACAUCUCAAACGCAAGAAGAAUUGACAGCGGCCAUUAUAGAUUUAUCAAAUUGGACCUUGAACAUUUAUUUAUUUUGUUAUUUGAAAUGUUUGUAGCUAUAGGUCGAUGUACCUAUUGUGUACCUUAACUGUGAUACGUACCUGUCCGUUAAUAAGUCAUUCUUCUGAGACAGAUUCAGAUUAUCACCGGGAUUACUCAUGAACGUGUUGGAAUUAGUAUUUUAAUUUCUAACAAAAGUUUAAUGUACGAUUAUGACAAAUAUUGUGAGAUCUAAAUGUGGACAUAACAUCUGUGACACUGUGUAAAGGGGAGUGCGAAUUGGGCAGGGUUUUAAAGUAAUCACUUUGCUUGAGCAUUCUUGGGUCUGAGCCAAGCAUGUGUGCAAGUAUGAAAUAUAUUGUAAACACCUGGACAAUGAUUUAGUUCAUAUUUACAACAUAAUAUCAUGUGACCUCUUACCUACAAACUUAUCAAAAAUGGUGAUCAUCUGUCAUUGUUUAUGUUAAAGUAAAAUCAUGAACCCCAGGACCGAUUAUUUCACACUAUAACAUAACAUGACCAAGGUCCACACCUGAACAGAUUUUGGUGAUCAUUAGUUAGGGAAGCAACUGUUGUAUCAGAAAAGCAUUGGACACAUUUGUAAAUAGACAAAAGUGUCAAAUGCUUUUCCACUACAUUAUUAGCUAUGGUUAGGAUUAAGGUUAAAGGUUGCGUUGCCCCUUUCAAAUGACAAGUCAUGGAUGAAAGUCCUGGGCAGGUUUAAUACUAAAUGAGGGGUUGGGAUUGGGAUAAAUCCCACUCAACUUGCUUUUACUGUAACGAUGUGCUACAUGUACAUCAUCUACAUAUAUGUAUAUCAUGCUGUUGUUAAAGAUUGUGUAUAAAUGAAAUAUUGAGUGACA